AUGUGGUUUGUACGAAUAAUAUUCGUCGUUAGCUGUGUGACAGUAUGUUGUGGCUACAUCAUUUCAAAACCGAAGGAAAGCGAAUUGAGAAUACCUGAGUACUUGGAAGAAUUCGAGAAAUUAACCUUUCCCGAAGGGUCUGAUAGCACAAGACUCGUCAGGGCUGAAAGAGCCGUUGCCAAAUAUGAUGUCCUCGAAAUCACCCUCCAACUCCCACAGGAGAAGUCGAGUGAAAUCACGUUGGAAAAAUGUAUCUUCCUAUACAUCCCCCACCGGGGAAACAACCCCAACGCCAGGUACACCGCAACUAUUCGGGAUCUCUUCACCGGUCGGGUAAUUGCUUACAAAUCCCUACUGGUUCAAAAUUCUGGCUGGUACAAAGUAUGCCUGAGUCACUGGCCAAACGAUUCCGAACGAAGGCUCGGAUUGAUUUCAGCCAAUCAAGGACUCGCGAUUCACUUGGAGGAAAAAGGCGGGAAAAUUUUUGAUUUUGAAGAAUUUUACAAAGGCGGUGAAAAUUUCAAUUACGAAUUCGUUCCCUCGAUGCUUGUUUACCAUAAGCACGAGAUACCGAACUCCUUGCAAGAGUUUUUUUAUAUGGAAAAGUCGAAUAUGACCACCUCAGAAUUGCCUGCAGGUCGGGUGAGGCGAAGCACAUCCAAUACACAAUGCAGCUACAUCGUGGAAGACACGGUGAAAAGUUUGAAUUUGACAUUUCUGAGCAUCCAAGAAUACUAUCCCAAUACUACGAAGAUUUGUACCGGAGGUUGUUCCCCUUCCGUGAGUGCUGGAAGUACAUGCAAUCAAAGCGUCCACAAUUGUUGUGUGCCAAGUAAAAUGCAAUCGUUCUUUAUUUUGUAUGUAGACACACAUGGGACAGUCCUUAGACGCAUUCCCGAUGCCAUCGUCGAGGAAUGCGCAUGCGCUAAUUCGAUUGGCAAUGGACGCUGAUUAAAUAAGAAUAUGUUCGUGUAGAACACGUUUGUAAAUGCCUUGUAAUCGACCAUAAAGUGAUCGCCAUUACGAAAUAUAUAGUUUAGAAGCUUGCAACGUUUGUGCGAGCAUUUAAGAAGCAAGAUAUUUAGAAUAUAAACAUGUUAACAUUUGCUUGCUGAUUUUUUGGGCACUGCCGGAGAACGAUGUCUAAGAAUAUUUCAUGUAAGAUUUUCGUUACGUCAUUAGCUGGGUGAAAAUUCGUUCUGUAACUUCAAAUUAACGACCCAGCGAAGUGAUAGUUCCAUGGUAUUACAAGCCCCGUUUUCACUACAAUCAAUCUAUUGGCACG